CAGAUUCGGACCAGCAUCCAGUGUGCUUGCUGUCCUCCGAAGAGUUUCUCUGCUGUCAGAAUUCAGUUCUGCUGAACGCGUCGUCAACAUGAUGAUCAGAAUUGUGCUUGGAGUCAUUGCAGCGAUUGGAUUCCUCACUCUCAGUGAAGCCCUGACGUGUAAUUCCUGUAAAGUGGGCAUUCUAGGCAAAUGUUUAUUCAGUUCCCAAGUGUCCUGCGCUGCCUCCGAGACCAACUGCUACACUGCCAAAGCAGAGUUCAAUGUGACGGGGUUUUUGAGUCUGUCCUCCAGUGGGUGCACAUCUGAUUGCAACAACACCGCUGGAAGCAUCCUGGGUGCGGGAUACACGGUGACCAAAAGCUGCUGCGCUGUAAAUCUGUGCAACGGAGCGAGUGCUGCGCAGCUGUCUGUGGCUGGGGCUCUCAGCGCCGCACUGCUGGCCUCCGUCUGGAGCAGCUCCAUGCUGUAGAUCUAACACCUCCAUGUCUGUGCAGUGUUAUGUUCACAGUAACUCCCUGAACCGGAACCAGUGAAGAUAUCAUCUCUAGAAUGUAUAGAUACCAUAACUUUGAUUGUUUACUCCACUGUGUUUAUCUGUCCCAUUUUCCCACUUUUUUUUAUAAACAUUUACUUACAAUGUAAAACAUAUUUAAAAUUUCAAAACUUUUGCUGAAGUUUUUUUUAUAUAUAUAUAAAAACCUACAUUUGGAUGCACACUGUGGAAUAAGGUGAUGAUAUAUUUGAAGUGGAGCUGAAUAAAUUUCACAGCAGUGACUCUGGGUUAGGUACUGUACUGUACUUUUACAUUUACUAGUAAAUGAUGACAACUAUCCCCUGACUUUAUAUAUUCUAGCACAUUGUAACCUUAGACUAGAUUAAUAAAUAUGAACUGAAAAAAAAAA